UAAAUUCGCACGAAACGUUUGACUCAACUUAUCAACACGUGUUGGAUAGGACAGAAAGAAGGCAUUAUAAUUAUCAUCUAUUGUGUAAUACCUUUUUUCUUUUUUUUUAAAUUGAAAUAAGUAAAAAUAAUUCAAUAAGUAGUCGUAUGUUCGGAGGACCAAGCCCAAUAUAAUCCGUUCCGUUUUAUUUAAUUGGUUGACGCACUGGUUACUUCAAUUUGAUAUGGCUAAAAAUGAUCAGAUGCCCGAAGUUGAUUUUGUGAAAGACGGAGAAAUCGACAGAAGAUUAUUGCAACAGAUCAAAUUCGUCGAACGCCAAAACCUCGUACGCGUCACCCGAUUGAACCGCAUGCGCAAAAACGCCCGAUACACGGGAUUUCUAUUGGGCGGCAUCGCUUUGGGUAUCUACGGGUUUAGUAUAUACUCGAUCAAGCAGGAAUCGUUUUUGGACGAUUUCGACGAACCCGAAGUGACGACCAACACACAAUAA